ACGUCAGUGAGAGACUGGCUGAGAAGAACUGAAAAGAGAAAAUCCUUCGUGUUCAGUUCCCUUGCUACUGGUCCUACUGAUAGAGGUAUGAACGACAAUCCAUGAAGAUGGAGAGGCAGGUCAGAAUUACCAAGAUGGGAUCUUGCGGCUCAAGAUCGACGAGGACCAAACUCGAUCCACCCAAGAAGCGUUCCGAGGUUCCCGAUGUGCUUGUGCCGGAGUUUUUUAGCAAGAAGUUGUGGUUGCAGAGGCUUUCAACAGAGACCAUCGGCGGCAAUGUAGGUCCGUCGUCGAUCGUCUACUUGUUGGACGGCUACGAGGCGGUGCUCCGGCACGAUCCCUUUGAGGUUUACGUGCGCAAAAAGGGAGGUAAUCGCAUAGUUUCUAUGAAUUCUCAUGGUUUAUUUGAUUUUGAGCAAUUGAGGGAGAAGAAUGGUGAGGAUUGGCAGGAGAGGUUCAAGGGGCAUACAGAUACGAGGCCCUUCGGCCCGCAAUCGAUUAGCUUCGACGUGUCCUUUUAUGAUGCUGAUCAUGUGUAUGGGAUUCCUGAGCGUGCUACAAGCUUCGCUCUGAAGCCCACUAGAGGUCCUGGGGUUGAGGAAUCUGAACCCUAUAGAUUGUUUAACUUAGAUGUGUUUGAGUACAUUCAUGAUUCCCCAUUCGGACUUUAUGGUUCUGUACCCUUAAUGAUUUCCCACGGCAAGGCGAGCGGGACUUCCGGUUUCUUUUGGUUGAAUGCUGCUGAGAUGCAGAUUGAUGUUCUUGGAACCGGCUGGGAUGCAGAGUCUGGCAUUUCUCCCCCUACGUCACAGAAUAGGAUCGAUACACAUUGGAUGAGUGAGGCAGGUAUUGUCGAUGCCUUCUUUUUCGUAGGACCUGGACCUAAGGAUGUAAUCGGCCAGUACACGAGUGUAACUGGAACACCUGCAAUGCCACAGUUGUUUGCAGUGGCCUAUCACCAAUGUAGGUGGAAUUACCGGGAUGAGGAGGAUGUUGAGCAAGUUGAUGCUAUGUUUGACGAGCACGAUAUCCCAUAUGAUGUUCUGUGGCUUGAUAUUGAGCACACAGAUGGGAAGAGAUACUUUACAUGGGAUAGAACGCUUUUUCCACACCCAGAGGAGAUGCAGAGGAAGUUGGCUGGUAAGGGUAGGCACAUGGUUACUAUUGUGGAUCCUCAUAUUAAGCGUGUUGAUUCCUAUUUUUUGCACAAACAGGCCACAGAAAAGCGGUAUUAUGUUAGGGAUAACACUGGAAAAGAUUAUGAUGGGUGGUGCUGGCCUGGUUCAUCAUCUUAUUUGGAUAUGUUGAGGCCAGAGGUUAGGUCCUGGUGGGCUGAAAAGUUCUCUAUUGAGAAUUAUGUUGGUUCAACUCCUUCACUGUACAUCUGGAAUGACAUGAAUGAGCCUUCUGUCUUCAAUGGUCCCGAGGUUACAAUGCCUAGAGAUGCUUUACAUGUUGGAUUUAUCCAAUAUAAAUCAACCUUUAAGUGGUCUACUAUAUGUAAUAGGAAUGUAAUAUUGGAGAAUAAUGUUAAUUGUGAUUUGAUCUCUUAAAGAUAUCAAUCCUAUAUAAGGUGUCUUAUAUUGGAAAUAGGAUUGAUGGAAUCCUUAAUAAUAUAUGAUUAUGAUAUUUUACUUGAGAGCCAAGAAAGGAGAGUUUUAGUUUUCCCUUAUGGACGGAAUCUAAGACUUUUUGGCUAGUAUAUAAACACCAGUCCCUGCUAACCCUAGACACGACAACUAAGGCUUCCCAUAGAGCAUUGUCAUAAAGCUAGGAGUUUACAGAAGAGUUGGUGUUUCUGUUUGUCACAGCAAACAUAAAGAUUGGAGUUUUAUCGAUCACGUCUUGCUUGCAUGGCUGUUGCAUCUUCGAUAACUACCAUUGGAAUCAGGUCAGUCACUCCUUCGUUUGUGUUUUAAUUGUAUAACCUUAUAAGGCUAACAAUUGGUAUCAGAGCCACUGGUUAUAUGAUUAAAAUCUAUUAGGGUUUAAUAUUGGAUUAUAUAAUAUUAUGUGUUUAAUCCAAGUUAUUACAUACACUCGGCAACAUCACCAUACUGUUUAAAUCAGUUUCAACAUAGCCUUUGCUUGCCAAUUGGAAAUUGGACUACGCUUAGAGGCUCUUUUGAUCAAGCAUGAAUUAAAUUAUGGAAUUGAAGCAUAAAUUUAUAUAUACUAUUCUUAUUGAAGAAUGAAAUUUAAAAAUCAUAUAGGAAUUGGAAUCCUAUAAUGAUAUAGGUACGUAAGGAACCAUAUAUGUAAGGCGUAGUAUUAAAGUAUUUUACAGUGGGAACUCUAUUAUUCUUUUAACUAGCAGCAAGUCGUUAAGUUUCCCUUGCUCCAAAUGUUAAAAGUUUUAAAUGGGAGGGUUCUAUGAUGAAUAGCUCAAAUUCAUGGAAAUCAGUGUGUUUGGAAAAGGUUGAAUUUUUACUGGAUAAGGUAAAUGUCUCGGACAACGUAUUGGAGGUUCUUUGCAACCUGCUCAGGUUCAGAAUUCCAACUCUGAACAAAGCAGCAACCAAAUAUAACAGGAAAUAAUCGCUUGUGUUGGAAAAUUGCAUGCGCAUGCAAUUUCUAAGACUAAUUAUAUACAAGGUUUACAUGUAAAUUUUUUAUCAUGACACUUGUUUUUUACGUGUGUUAGCUUGGUCAACAAAAUCCAAUUUGAUUAGUCAAAAUAGAUUACCACCAAUAGUUCUGAUAAAGGAAUGACUAAGAAAGUUUGAUUAGCGUCAGUUUAUUGGAUUAACAACGAUUGAAAAUCAUGGAAUAUUUCAGAGUUUCUAUUUCAAUUUUCAUGCUAAUGUUUUGGUUGAUUUACCAUGUGCCACUGAUGAUCUCAAUUUUUGUAAGCAUGCUAUAUUUGUUCUGACCUUACUGAAGAGGCCCUCCGAUUUGCAAGCAGAACGAAGUCAUCUACCAAAGCAAAAUGGUUUGUUUCAUUGACUUUUAAUUUCCAUAAUGGUUUAUGGUAUUUUGGUUGAUAUAUAUUCGGGUUGAUCCCUGAAAGCUUAAAUUGGUAAUAAGAUAAAGAUAUAAUUGCAUGAGUGAUGUGCUAAUUAUUGUAGAGCAUGUAAAUACAUUGAUUACCAUGUAUCGGUUAAGUAUGUCAUGAAUAUGGAUCCAAUUUUUAUAUAUUUUGGCAAUACGUAUCUAAAUGGGCAUAUGUUUAUUGAAUAAGAACUAAUAUUAUUUUCCAUGAAUUAUAUUCUAUAUGAAUUGCUACGGGUGAUACGCUAAUGUGACAAGAAACAAUUGCAUAAGUGCCAGCAAUUGUUUGAUCAAGCAAGUAUACAUAAUUUUCUAAAGCCAAUUAUGUAUCUACAGUUCGCAUAGCAUGUAUAUGUAUUUACAUUUGUUCUAACCUUGCAUUGGAGAAUUUCUUAAGAUCCCUCAGUCGAACAAGCCCAAUGAAGAGGUUCGUAUUACAUCGGUUAUGAAAUUCUAGUAUGAUCUUUCUUUUUGGUCUUCAUGAUAAAUUAUAUAAGGAAUGGUUAUGUUGGAUUCAUGAAGUGUUAUAUUAUUCCUACAAAAUCCAACCAUGUCGUGACAUCUUUCUGAUUGUGGGAGACGAAAUUAGUCAUAUCCUAUAAUUUAUCAAUACUAUUCGGAUAUAUUGUGCCUAUGAUUGUGAUAACAUAUAUUAAAGUUAUGUUUUAGGGAUGCAUAUGUUAAGUUCUCCGCAUAUCAACUUUAUACAUGCUUGUCAAUGAAUAUAAUGUAUUUCUUAUACAUGAAGGUAAUUUAAUAUAAAUUUUGGCAACAUAAUUAAGCAAAUGGCGUGUUGGUUCAAGCAUGUAUGGGAUGAUGCAAUUUUAAACAUUGCCGUGAGCUUGGAAUGUGGUGCAUUAUAGUUUUUGGUUAAUCAUGUGAUUAUACAUAUGUUUAUAAAGAAGUAGUGAACAUAUGAAGGCAUGAGGUAUGUAUUUCAUUCAAAGUAUGUGACUAAAUUGAUAAGCAUGAAUUUUCAAACAUGUAUUAUUGUUUGUGGUUUUUCCUAUUCCUAAAGAAUUUAAACAGUACUUUGAUUAGUAAUUUUUAUGUGUCAUAAGGGGAGAAGAAAAGAAACUUAUACAAGCCUAAUGUAUGGCAUGUAUUGGAGAUGUUUCUUUUGAAAGAAAAGAAUUUUGGUAGUUCCUUCGUUUAAUUUGGUAUUUACAAGGCUAAUGCACGAUUUUGAUGCUAAUGAUUUAGGAGCCUUGUACUACGGAAAGAAAUGUACAAAAGAAAAGGAACCCGUUUGACUUAAGAAAACAUUUGAACAAUUUAGUUUUUAAAUUAAAGGAAUGUAUUGUUCUUUCCCAUUACAUAAAGUAUUUCUAUUGAGUAAUUGACUCCAUAAUGAUAAGUUUUGACAUUCUUGUGGUGGAAUAAAACUUGUUCUAUAUGUGAUUAAUCUCUUUCAAGUAUGCUGUCAUGUAUUUUUGAGAUUAAUUUGAUGUCAAAGGGAGUCAUGAAGGAAUUAGUGCCAUUUGUUGGCAAAAACUCAAAGCUCGAAUCAGGUUAUCAUAAUUUUGUCACUUACAGUUAAUUAAUCCAUAUGACUUCUUGUAUUGUUUCAGGGCGGAGUUGACCAAUGCCUUUUCAACUAAGCAAGACGCAACGGCUUAGUUUGCAAUGGGACUAUGUUUUUGAGUUACUUUGGUCAACUUUGCAUCUUAAUUAGAAUAAAAGGGAUAAUCUUCUUGCCUACAGGUGUGGAUUACUUCUUUUAGUUUAAUUAAGAUGGCAUAGUAUGGGUUUCAUUUCACAGAAGUUGUGAAAACCUUCAUCUUGCCUACAGGUGUUGAAGUUUUUCAUGAAGGAACUUUUGUGACAUAAAAUCUAGUACUAGAAACUAGUUAAUUUUCUUGCCUACAGGUGUAAAUUAAUUUAGUUUCAUGAAGUUUAUUGGGAUAAAGUUCCAUGCCAUUAGUGACAAAUAUUUCCACAAUGAGCCCCAUAAAAGGUUGUGGUUUGAAGGCAUGGAAAUCGGUUGCAUCAUGAUGUAUUUUGUAUCUCUUUAUGAGACUUGUUGAUGCAAAGUAUUGGAC